CUGGCAGGGAAUGUGGAGAGGUUCUGGCCUCUGCUCGUAACUGCUCGAUGGACAGUGACUUAACAAGACAGAGAAGAAAAAGGAGCUCAGGGGAGGUCGACUUUUUUUUUUUUUUGUCGGGUAUUAUUUGUCUUGUGACAUUUGAGCCUUUCCAACAGAGUUGGAGGCACUCUAAGAAAACAGAAGUCAGCUGCAGACAAGAGGACUAAUGAAUUUAGUUGCCACAGAAACCACAGAGGCAUUUUUCCAGGAGAAAGAGGAGGAUGUUGUCUUUCUCAGACCUCUCUUGUUUUAAUAAAACGCCUGCAGCCAGUGUCAGCAUUCUAUGGACCUUUUUGCUCACUUUUAGCUCACAGAUCAUUUCUUUGGUACAAAGUGUGACUGGCAUCUCGCCGUGCGGGACACUUGGAUUCCCUCCUCCGAAGCCUCUGAGCGGAUCAACGUUUGCGGGGCGCAUUACCCCCCCACUUCUUCAUUAGUGUCACCUCUGCCUCGACAAGUCAAGAGUGAGUCUGGACUCGAGCUGUCCCAGAUCAGCAGAUAACACUUCAACACUGCGCAGGAACUGGUUGGACGAGUUUAGAAGUUGGAGCAGAGGGCAGGGUGGUUUAACCCUGCCUGAAGGAGAACUCUGUUUUGUUUUUUUCCUGCUUGUCCUUUCAGGAGAAGGCAGUCACUCAUAGAGCAUCACAGUGGCUGUUUGCUCCUUUGCAACUAUGCUGACCGAUAGCUGAGUUUGCUCUUCUUAUUCUUCUUCUUCUCAGAAGGAGAAAGCCUGUUAACGAAAGUAAGAGGGAGGGAGAGACCAGAGUGGGAGACAAAGUGUAAUUUAUUGUUUCCUGGGUUAGAGCAGGCUGCACCCUUUUUUUUUCCCCCCUUCUCCUGGCUGAACUCUGAACCACUCAAUGCGUGUGUAAAGUUUUCUCAGGAGCCAUUGAUUGGAGGUCGAGGUGGCAAACACAAGGGUGAAAGGCGAGAACAGAGGGCGCAGUCAGAUUAAAGAGUACCAGAGGGCACCGGGAAGGAUCGGCGGGUCAAGCUUAACAGACGACAAGGAGCGCGAGGUCAUCGUGGAGACAACUUUUCAUCCUUUUGCCUCCGACUAACCUUUGAAAUCACACUGGAGGAUUGUCACCUAAGCUCAUUUCUUUGACUUUGAGCAUAAUUAAAAAAAAAAAAAAAAAAACAGGGCGGGUCAGUGUAUGAUCCACUCAAGGGGCGGCGAGACUUGGAGAAUAUGGCCAUGGUAAGCGGGGGAUGGGGCAACCCUAACGGGGACACGAGCGGACUGGAGGAGAAGGUGUACCUGCACAGGGAGGAGGAGGAGGGCUCGCCGCACGCCGGAAGCAGCGAUGUGGACGUCGCUGACGAGGACAAGGCCUGCGUCCUGGACUGUGUGGUGUGCGGCGACAAGUCCAGCGGGAAGCACUACGGCGUCUUCACGUGUGAGGGCUGCAAGAGCUUCUUCAAAAGGAGCAUCCGACGCAACCUCAACUACUCCUGCAGAUCAAACCGGGAAUGCCAAAUCGACCAGCAUCAUCGCAACCAGUGCCAGUACUGCCGACUCAAGAAAUGUUUCCGUGUUGGCAUGCGGAAAGAAGCUGUCCAGCGGGGUCGCAUCCCGCCUUCCCACUCAGGUAUCAGUCCCAACUCCCAAAGAGCUGGCGGAGUGGGAGCAGUCUUGCCCAGUCACCUCGGGGCAGACUACUUCAACGGGCAGCCCGUGUCGGAGCUCAUAUCUCAGCUGCUUCGGGCCGAACCGUACCCCAACAGCCGGUACGGGACUCCGUAUGGGCAGGCGCAGAUGGGGGCUUCCGCGAGCGGAGCCCCCGUCAUGGGCAUCGACAGCAUCUGUGAGCUAGCUGCUCGGCUCCUCUUCAGCACCAUCGAAUGGGCCAGAAACAUCCCGUACUUCCCAGAGCUGCCGGUUUCUGAACAGGUGGCCCUGCUGAGGCUGAGCUGGAGCGAACUUUUCAUUCUCAACGCAGCCCAGUCUGCUUUGCCCCUCCACAUGGCCCCUCUGCUGGCGGCCGCCGGCUUCCACUCGUCCCCCAUGUCCGCAGAGAGGGUGGUGUCCUUCAUGGACCAGGUCAGGGUUUUCCAGGACCAAGUGGACAAACUCAACAGACUGCAAGUUGACACCGCUGAAUACAGCUGCCUGAAAGCCAUUGCUCUAUUUUCACCGGAUGCAUGCGGUCUGACUGAUCCAGCUCACGUGGAGUCCCUGCAGGAAAAGGCCCAGGUAGCCCUGACUGAAUACGAGAGGUUGCAGUACCCCAACCAGCCUCAACGCUUUGGCCGCUUGCUCCUGCGCCUGCCGGCUCUCCGCGCUGUGCCGGCCAACCUCAUCUCGCAGCUCUUCUUCAUGCGCCUGGUGGGCAAGACCCCCAUCGAGACGCUGAUCCGAGACAUGCAGCUGUCCGGGAGCUCCAUCAGCUGGCCGUACGCCUCCGGACAGUAGCGGAACCGCAGGCCGGGGAGGGAGACGCCGAGGUCAGACCGGAGGACGCAAAGAAGAUAAAAACUGAUGGAUGUUAGGUCAAUUUAGUUGCAGCACUUGGGUCUUUAGGCUCUGGUCCCCAUCUGAUAUCUCUUUGUCUCAUUCUGGACUGUACAGAAAGAGAAAAAAAAAUGCAAGCAUUAUUCAAAUGCAAACUUAGGCCAUGAGCACCAUGAGCACGUACUACCUCCUACUAUAUCACUUUUAAUGUGACUGAAUUAGACCCAAGCCUAUGUAUGUGUGUGUGUGCGUGUGCAUAUGGGUGUUCACUGCUUUGUGUCCCAGUGAAGCCAUAGCAAUAUUCACAUGUAGUGCAGAUUGUGUCAAAGUUGUCACCACAUGAAUUGUAUCACCCGAGUCGUGUUGUUGCAUUGUGUGUCAAUGGAAAAACACGUAAUCAUUUGUUCAAAAUCCAUCUUGAGGUCCAAGGACUAGUACACUCCCUUGCUUGUAAGACAAUGCAGCACACUAGUAACUACACUAGUAACUAGUAACCUUCCUUUUGACAAGUAAGUUUUUCCUAUUGAGGCCAAACUGUGCACUGGUUGAAAAUUGUGUGCUACCAGUACAACUAGUGACAACAUUCAACUACUUCACAUUUACUAGUCAUGCAGAUGCUACAGUUUUGCCUCACUGGAAACAUGUAGCUGCCACUAAUAGUAUGUCAAAGUUGUCCAAUUAAUCAACGCUAGUUAACAUUCAGUCUUUCUUCUUACUGUUUUGAAUUGUCCUACUGUUGAGAAAGAAGAAGAGCGUACUAGUAUAGGGACAUUAAGAUGGAUACCCAGAAUAUGAAAGAAAUGCUCAAAUGGUUUCCCAUAAUGUGUCAUACUUCUAUUUGCUACACCAAUAUUAAUGCUCAGUGACUUUUUGAAGACGGUUCAUAUUCUUUUCAGGAUUUGCUGCCCUCAAGUGGUCGAAAAACGGAAGACUUUAAUAUGCAGUACUGUACGUAGUAAAUUACACACCGGAUCCAUGCAAGUUAUCACAAGCAAACCAUAAAUAACAUAGCUCCCCAUAUUAUUACCUCAUGUUUUAUUCCUUUGAAGACAAAGAUUGUAAUGCGCUAAUAGUAAAUGUAAAAGAGGAUCAAGGUCAUCAUCACUGUCAUCAAGAGAAUGUUUUUUCACUCAUACCCUCCCAAAGACAGACGCGCAGUGAGUUAUAGAUACAAUGUAUUCUAAAAUGUUCUUCAACAAGGCGCUCAAAGUUGUGUAGCUCAUUUUAUGAAUGGUACGACUUUUGUUUCUUUUGUUUUAGGGUACUUCAUUUAUGGACAUACUGUGUGUAAUCGAAUAUUUUAAAGCAAAUAGGGCCUUACAGACAGCAAAGAAUGAUAACUAUGCUUACACAACGCACUUGUUGCUGCUCAUGUUAACACAACAAUGACUUUAAGAUGCAUGCUUUCUUUUACCUUAAUUAUCAGACAAAGACUUUACAAGGAGAAACACGUUUUUUUUUUUCAUCUGACCGUUUGGAAAAUGUGUCAAAUUGUCAAAAGACUUCCUCAAAAGCUCAAAACGUUCUUCACUUUGUUGUUUGUCAGAAUUCAGACUGUAGUGAUUUGACUGUGCUGCUUUAUUAGAUUUGCACGGCUUGAUUUUGUAUGACCUUGGAGAAAGAAGCGAAGUACAGAUAAAAAUGAAAUUCUUGACAGGCUGUGUUUGCAAUACUUGAAAUAAAAGUAUGCACAUUCCUCUAGA